AUGUAAGCUGUAUAAAAGCCGACGAUGGUGGUGGGAAGGUAUCACUGAGGUUCCCAGCCAUGCUUUGUAAGGUGCAACUCAACCUCUCUGCUCUGGUGGUGGUGUUGGCCGGUCUGGUGGCCACUGCCCUGGCCAGACCAGACAUUCCACCUGUCCUAGGAUAUGGCCAUCCUAGACCCUACACUCCAGAGCCAUUGGGUCCCGCUCGGUACGACUUCAACUACGCUGUGAAGGACGACUACAAUGGCAACGACUUCGGCCACCAGGAGUCCCGUGACGGCUAUAACACCCAGGGCUCCUACUACGUGCUGCUUCCCGACGGUCGCCUGCAGAGGGUCACUUACUACGUUGACGGUGACUCCGGCUACGUACCUCAGAUCGAGUACGAAGGAGUUGCCCAAUACCCCGCCUACCAGCCCUCACCCAGCUACCAGCCUACCCCCAGCUAUGGGUAGACUGUAUAGCAAGACAAUAGCUUCUGGCUUCUGGUGAUAAUUACGUCGACUUAAUGUAUGCUUAUUAAUGAUUAUUUAAGUUUUGUAAAGUUUAAUAAAGACCUAAGUAAA